ACCGGCGGCCCGGGCGGGGGGGGCGCGCCCCGCGGAGGAGCGCAUUUCCCUGGGAAAUAUCAAACAAUAACCCCCAUCAAACUACAAAACUAUUUAAAUUAGACAUCAUAAUCCAAGAAAAACCCGAGAAAGUCCUGUCAGACGCGCAGAUGACGCAGUUCCUCCGCGGUCACCCCCCCUCACCACCCCAUCUGGGAGGAGCGCACUUCACAUUUACUUGCAGUAAAUGUGCAGCCGGAGUCUGGAGCCGCGCACAGACCUGGUCCUGCACCCGAGGUGAUGAUGUCUGCCCCGUGCAUGCGCUCACACAACUUCAUUCCCUGAGACCCGAAACCCGGAGUUCUGCGACGCACAGAUAUUUGGUGAUAAUGAGGAAAUAACCCACUUCGCCUUUACUCAACUCCUAAAAACUGUAUAAAACCACACGGACACGUGAACCCGAACGCCUCAGACCUGCAUCUUUUGCACAACUUUCCCCCCCGACAAAAAGUGACUUUUCUCCGAGACGCAGGCCCCGCCCCGUUCCAGCCCCCCCCCACGCCCCCCGCUUGAUCUAUCAAAUGCCCAAAAACAGCAAGGCCGUCAAGAGAGAGCUUGACGACGAUGUCACGGAGUCCGUCAGGGACCUGCUUUCCAACGAAGACGCCUGCGACGAUUCCUUCAAGAAGAGCUCGCUGAUCGUCGACGGCAAUGGGGACGGAGCCAAGGUUAGCGACGACGCGGAGGAGGGCGGGGGCUCGGACGGCGAGGAGGAGGAGCGGCCGGCCUGGAACAGCAAGCUGCAGUACAUCCUGGCCCAGGUGGGCUUCUCCGUAGGCCUGGGCAACGUGUGGCGCUUCCCCUACCUGUGCCAGAAGAACGGCGGUGGAGCGUACCUGGUGCCCUACCUGAUCCUGCUGAUCCUGAUCGGCAUCCCGCUGUUCUUCCUGGAGCUGGCGGUGGGCCAGCGGAUCCGCCGGGGCAGCAUCGGGGUGUGGAACUACAUCAGCCCCCGGCUGGGGGGCAUCGGCUUCGCCAGCUGCGUGGUUUGCUUCUUCGUGGCGCUCUACUACAAUGUCAUCAUCAGCUGGAGCCUCUUCUACUUCUCCCAGUCCUUCCAGCAGCCGCUGCCGUGGCACGAGUGUCCGCUGGUCAAGAACAAGACCAGCACAUACGUGGUGCCGGAGUGCGAGAAGAGCUCGGCCACCACCUACUACUGGUACCGCGAGGCCCUGGACAUCUCCGACAGCAUCUCCGAGGGCGGAGGCCUCAACUGGAAGAUGACGCUGUGCCUGCUGGCCGCCUGGUCCAUGGUCUGCCUGGCCAUGAUCAAGGGGAUCCAGUCCUCGGGGAAGGUCAUGUACUUCAGCUCCUUGUUCCCCUACGUGGUUCUGAUCUGCUUCCUGGUCCGGUCUCUGCUGCUCAAGGGUUCCGUGGACGGGAUCCGGCACAUGUUCACCCCCAAGCUGGAGAUCAUGCUGGAGGCCAAGGUGUGGCGCGAGGCGGCCACGCAGGUCUUCUUCGCCCUGGGCCUGGGCUUCGGCGGCGUCAUCGCCUUCUCCAGCUACAACAAGCGCGACAACAACUGCCACUUCGACGCCGUGCUGGUGUCCUUGAUCAACUUCUUCACCUCCGUUCUGGCCACGCUGGUGGUGUUCGCCGUGCUGGGCUUCAAGGCCAACAUCAUGAACGGCCGCUGCGUCGCCCUGAACACCAACAGGAUCGUGGCGUUGCUAGGCAACGGCAUCGACCAGAGCCUGAUCCCGCACCACAUCAACCUGAGCCAGGCGAGCCGGGUCAGCGCCGACGACUACCACCAGAUGGUGGACGUGAUCCGUCGCGUGAAGGAGGACGAGUUCCCGGCACUGGGCCUGGAGUCCUGCAGCAUCGAGGACGAGCUGAACAAGGCGGUGCAGGGAACCGGCCUGGCCUUCAUCGCCUUCACCGAGGCCAUGACCCACUUCCCGGCGUCGCCCUUCUGGUCCGUCAUGUUCUUCCUGAUGCUGGUGAACCUGGGCCUGGGCAGCAUGUUCGGGACCAUCGAGGGGAUUCUCACCCCGCUGGUGGACACCUUCAAGGUCCGCAAGGAGCUGCUCACAGUGGGGUGCUGCGUGCUAGCCUUCUCCAUCGGCCUGCUGUUCGUCCAGCGCUCGGGGAACUACUUCGUGGCCAUGUUCGACGACUACUCGGCCACGCUGCCGCUGCUCAUCAUCGUGGUUCUGGAGAACGUGGCCAUCGCCUGGUUCUACGGGAUCGAUAGGUUCUUCGAGGACCUGAAGGACAUGCUGGGCUUCACGCCGUACCGCUUCUACUACUACAUGUGGAAGUACAUCACGCCCAUCCUGCUGCUGGUGCUGCUGUGCACCAGCUUCGUCCAGCUGAGCAUGACGCCGCCCAGCUACAGCGCCUGGAUCCAGGAGGAGGGCCAGGAGAGGAGCGUGCGGUUCCCGCUGUGGGGCAUCGUGAUGUGCAUCUCCCUGGUGGUGAUGGCCGUGGCGCCGGUGCCGGUCGUGUUCGGCCUGCGCUACUUCAACAUCAUCGAGGAGGGCGCCGGCGGCCGCUCCGCCGUCUCCUACAAGAAGGGCCGCAUCAUCAAGGAGAGCGCCCGGCCGGGCGAGGACGACGACGCCAGCCUGAUCCACGGCAAGUCGCCCAGCGAGGCGCCCUCGCCGUUGCCCGGCAACAGCAUCUACCGCAAGCAGAGCGGCGGCGGCGGCGGGGGAGGGGGGGGCACCGGCGGCGGCGGCGGGGGAGGGGGGGGCACCGACGCCGACACCGCGCCCAACGGCCGCUACGGCAUCGGAUACCUGAUGGCCGACGCCCCCGACAUGCCUGAGUCGGACCUAUAGACUGUAAGCCCCGCCCCCCUCUAAACCCCGCCCCCCCUCUGCGUGCGUUUAGUCAUCGUUGUAUAUUCUUUGUAGAAUCGUAGCCGCUGUUGUUUGUCGACUCUGAACCUUAAACCUCAAAAUAAAACUGUACGGGGUUCGGGGACGGACCCUGGACCACCGGACCCCCACACUGGUCUGGCCGGACCCCCUCCCCCAUCAGGCCGGACCCCCAUCACCCAAAACAAAA